AUGGUCGGUCAUUUCCCGUAUCCCCCUGCUGUUCGCCCAGCCGUGACCCCCGAGGGUGUGCCCAACGACCCCGCGUACCCCCACACUCCUUCUGCCUCUGUCAACCUGUCUCCCUCUCUCACUGGACACCAGUAUGCGAAUCCAUAUGAGGCUCAUCAUCAUGCCAAGCAGAUGUACAUGCCGCCGCCCACUGCUGCUCCCGGCUACCCCCCCAUGAUGUACAGCGACGCGGACUCGCACAAUGCGCCCAAGCCUCAGGCUGUACCCGCCCCUUCGAGUGAUCCUCCUGUGCAUGCCAAGGUGUCAACCGGCCCGGCCGAAUCCACGCGCACCACCGCAUCGUCGGAGCAGGGCGUCUGCGCAUUUGUCAAUUAUGUCUCGGGCUUUGAUUUGGAUCGGGCCUGCGCCUACUUCCACGGCAAGCCGCUGCGUCUAAAGUCGUCGUGCCCCCGCUUGGUGUGUCGUCCGCGCCGGCUGGAGGACGCUGAAUACGCCGGCGUGGCUGCCCAGCGCGGCAAGGGUGUACAUACCAACUGGUACAGGCAGCAGCGCCAGCAGCAGCUGCAGCGCCAGCGGCAACAGUCCGAAUCGGGCGAUGCGCUUCCCGCCGACGCUCGUGGUGACAGCACUACCGAAGACAACGCGACGGGCAUGAGCGACUCGCGCUCAUUUACGUCCACCAAUUCUUCUCUUCUUCGCCAGCCCAUGUUUGCACACCGCUUCUUUAUCCUCAAGUCGCGCAACAGCGAUGCACUUACCACUGCGCUGCGUACUAACAUUUGGAGCACGCAAUCGCACAACGAACCCGUCCUAGACCAGGCGUUCAGGAACUCGGCUGUGGUGACGCUGCUGUUCAGUGAAAACUUCAGCGGUCAGUUCUUUGGAUAUGCGACGAUGUCGAGCCGUAUUGGCGGAGCGCUGCCUGGUGCCAACACCGCGUCGCCUGUUCGUCGUGCUGACAGGGACGAAAAUGGCGUGGGGCAGCCUGUCCUCGACCAUCCUCUGCCCAAAGACACAGACGAUGUGGCGGUGGACAAGGCGCGUCAGGCGGCGCCGGGCGAUUCGCCUACGUUGUUUUCGCGCUCGCCCAAGAUGGAUACUGCAGCACUGCACUCGGUUGCCAAUGGCUCUCCUGAUCGCACAGAUACCAAAGAGGAGAAAGAGUCGAACCCCUCGUCUAUCGAUUCGUCCAUUUCCGCAACGCCUUCCAUGAAUGCGGAGCGCGAAGCGAAUGAAGAAUGGGCUACGAAUGCGAAGCUACACAACCGCCGCCUCGACGUGUUUGAUGCACAGUUUGCGCCCGAUGAAUCUGACGAGAUUCGUGACAAGCAAGAGGGGCACACCCCAGCGCGUGCAGAGACUACGCUGGGACCCUCUCACGCACAAGACAGAGACCAGGCUCUUGAGCCAACCUCGUGCGCUGCGGAGCAGCGCGACGGCGCUCCGGGACCCAAAGAGCUGCCUGACUCUAUACACGAUACCAAGUCGACACAGCUGGGUCUUCCGUUCUAUAUCAGCUGGAAAAUCACCAAACCCCUGCCCUUCUCCGAGAUUCAAACGCUGCGCAACCCUUGGCGGGACAAUCGGCUGGUGAAGGUGUCACGAGAUGGAACGGAACUGGAGCCGAACGUGGGGAAACAACUAAUCAAAAUCUGGGAGGCCUACUCCAAGCCUACUUCUGAGAAAGACCCCGGCCUUGAAGGUCGAUCGUAA